AUGAAAACUAACCCACUGUACAUUCUCGCUACUGUUGAAGAACCAAUUGAGAAUCGUUUGUAUACCGCUAUAGAACGUGUAUCCAAAUUUGGAAAGCUAUGUCGUAUUUUUGUCUACAUACUAAGAUUUGUCAACCGCAUCAAACCAGCCCGUUAUGAAUAUCACUGCAAAAUAGUCAAACAGAUUGAAACCUGUGAAACGCCUGCCUCAAUUGACACCACCGCCUGUGAAGCUGAAAUAGCUAGAAAACUCAUUGUUCAUGUUGUGCAACGGGAUAAACUUCAGAAGGAAAUAACAGAGUUGAAAGCUGGAAAAUGUCCUAAGCAUCUGCUAACGUUGCAACCGUACAUUGAUGAUUACGAUUUGAUACGCUUAUCUGGUCGUCUUGAGCACGCUCUGAUUUCUAGUGAAGCUAGAAAUCCAUUAUUGCUGCCGAAAAAUGAGCAUGUAUCCUCACUCAUCAUUCGACACAUACAUCUUCAAAAUUGUCAUGCUGGUCCCCGCACCACACAAGCAGCUGUUUGCCAACAGUAUUGGAUAAUCUCUGCCCGCAAUCAAGUUUGCCGCAUAAUACAUCAAUGUGUCAUUUGUAACCGCUUUUGCCGCACCAACCUACAGCAACGUAUGGCCCCGCUACCUGCUGAACGAGUCACCGCCAAUAGACCAUUCAAUUUAACUGGCUUGGACUUUGCUGGUCCUUUCUCAUGCAAAACAUCUUUAUUGAAACGCACACAAACAACAAAAGGUUAUCUGUGCAUAUUUGUAUGUUUGACCACCAAAGCUACUCAUCUAGAGUUCCUGUCCUCGAUGUCUGUCAACAACUUCAUCGCCGCUCUACACCGAUUUAUUGCCCGCAGAGGUGCGCCGCACACUCUGUUUUCAGACAAUGCUAAGACUUUCACAUCCGCCGCAAGAAAAAUGUAUGAGUUAGAAAAACUCUUGAAGACGAUGCCCUCUGAAGUGAAGUGCUUUCUGUCUAACUACGGCAUAAACUGGAAGUUCAUUCCCCCUUAUGCUCCGCAUCAAGGAGGCAUAUGGGAAGCCGCCGUCAAAUCCGCCAAAACACUGCUACACUGCUGUAUUGGGGACACAGCUCUUACAUACGAAGAGUAUGACACCAUUUUCGUUAGAAUUGAAAGUAUUCUAAAUAGUCGACCACUUACAGAAUUGUCCUCUGAACCUGCUGAAGCUGCCUCCGUGCUCACUCCCGGGCACUUCCUAAUUGGCAGACCUCUUACCGCACCACCGCAACCCAUAGAGACGAAGGAACUAUUGGUCGCACGCCGCUGGAGACUUACAAACCAAAUGACCCAAUAUUUCUGGAAUCGCUGGUCCAAGGAGUACCUAUGCACCUUGAUCAAUCGCACAAAAUGGAAAACCGCUGAAAGAAACUUGCAACUUAACGAUUUGGUCAUAAUCAAAUCUGUCAACACCUCUCCUCUCAGCUGGCCAUUAGGCAGGAUUAUUGCGCUACACCCUGGUAAAGAUGGACUAGUACGUGUAGUCACUAUCAAAUGCGCAUCUGGGAACAUUGUUCGAGACAUACGCAAAGUUCACCGCAUCAUUUGA